AUGCCGCUUCUCUACAAAGUUGGCGACUGUGAAAUCCGACCAAAGUUGUAUCCCGUAAUUGAUUUUUCGAGUAGACCAGACAGUGUUGUCAACGUCGACAAUGAUGUUAUUUCUUUAAUUGAAGCUGUCAAAUCCAACAAAUUGGAACGUGUGGAAAACUACUUAGAUGUUAUAAAACAAAAUAAAGCAGACAUUCGAAGUGUUGUUAAUGGAGCAAAUGAUAAACAUGAAACUGCAUUGUGUUCAGCUGUUAUCAAGAAAAAUCUUGACAUGUGCAAACUGUUAAUCAGUAGCGGAUGUGAUGUAGACCAACAAGCCAGAAUUCCUCCAUUUUACCCUAGACUGUCUCCAAUCAGUCAGGCUGUCAUUCAGAACUCUGUCGACAUUGUCAAGCUGCUACUGAGUCAUGACUGCCAGAAAGACAAAGUGGAUGAUUAUGGAAAGUCAGCCAUAGGUUAUGCUGUCUCCAACAACCAUGUUGCUAUGGUGACUUUCCUGCUGGAAUCCGGAUGUAACAUCAACAGUUUCAUUCCAGAGUCUGGAUAUUCCCUGCUACAUGAUGCCUGCUCCAAAGAAAACCUGGAAAUUGUAAAGAUAUUAUUGAAGUGGGGUGCUGAUCCUAAUGCUCUGGAAAUGAAGGAACGUAUAACUCCAGGAUUUUUCACCAACAAAAUAGAAAUUCAUCAACGAUUGAUCGACUAUGGUUGUAACAUCAAUGCGACCAGUAGGGCAGGUGACACUGUCUUACAUAUGGCCAUCAUCCACGGAAAUGUACAACUUGUUGAAUUCCUCCUAAAUCAUGGUGCUCUUAUGAAUGUGAAGCAUGUCAAGUUUUUAUACUCUACCGAAAACUUACUCUGCAAAGUCACUUUUCAGGAUCCUCUUGAGCUGGCAGCAGAGCAGCAUUACUUCAAUAUAUGUCAAGUUUUGGUAAAGCAUGGAUGUAUUACAGAACAACCUCAUUCUGAAAAUAAAGAGUUAUGGUGUAGAUUGUUAAACAGUCGAGAUAAUGACUUGCUUGUGACAUUGUUGUAUGAUUAUCUUCCCUUGUCUUCUAGAGACAUUGAUGCAAAGUCAAAUCUAAAAUUAAUCUUGCAAGACAUUGUGGAUAUUAAAGCACUUGUGUGGAAGGAUGCUCCAAGCUUGAAGACGAUGUGUCGUAUAGUUUUACGGACCCAUCUAAAGAAAAUCUGUUUAGGCCGGAGUAUUGGUUGUUCCAUUGAAUGUCUACCUCUGCCUCCAGUUUUAAAGAAGUAUUUAAUGCUCUGUACUGAUGAUUUUAAAUAUACACAAUUUGUUGAUCUCCAUUGA